AUGGGUACUUUAGAUCUACUUCCGGCUACUACGUACAGGCCUCCUUCGCCUGUGCAGGCUCGCAGGCGACGAAGGUCUCUAAAGACUAUAAUUGAAGAAGAUGACGUGGAGUCUACGCGAGGCUCCUCCUUCAUACAGGUGCACAGGGGACGAGAUAUUUCUCCAAAGAUGGCAGAAUGGCUUUCGCCUCUCAGUGAUCACUUUCCAACCCCUCGAGGAAACCAUUUCAUGUCUGCACCUAUUCCACAAUCCGAUGACUCGUCAGAUGCUGGCAGCAUCUCUCCGUCACCAUCCUCAGCUCCAUGGACCCGGGAUAGCUUCACAACCGAGGCCACUGAGUUCGACGAUCUCUAUGAUGUUUCUUCAGACGAAGAGACAAGGAGAAGGAAGAAUCUUGUUCGAAGAAACAGUGCUCGGCAAACAACAACCAAGUCAAAUAGAUCAUCUGCUGAUUCGAGCACCACGAGAAGUUCUCUAAGUUCUCUGCCUGCUCUUGUCAUCCCAUCCUCUCAAGGCGACCCAUGGCCAGGAGUUGCAGCGUUCAAACUCUUGACCUCACCAGUCCCACCCACACCACCCCCGAAGGUCCCAAUGUCUCCUGCGAUCUUCUCCUAUCUCCAAUCCCAAGAAGUGCCAUCUUGCUCCGCUCCACCAUCUCUAGAUGGCAGUUUCACUUCCGACCAAAUGGCUCAGAUGUCUGCUCCACCAACUCCAGACAUUGGCAACAGCAGUGAAGCAGAUGGAAAUGAAUGGGGAGGGGGCGUUCAACUACAACCUGCUGCUAUGGCCACUUUGCAAGCACUUUCUGGGGGAGAUUAUGUUUUCGAGCACCAGACGGAACAAGUCAUUGAAUUGACUCACAUUACUCCGGAAGUCUCGCCCGCACGAGAGAUGCAGCAGAGUCUCCCACCGCUCGUCACCAGUAUUCAUCGGAACGACUCCAUAAUUCUUUCGCCAGAACAGCAGAGAUCAAUGAAUAGUCUUACUCGACUGGAGAUCCCAUCUCCAGGAGGCUUCUUCUCUGCUCUGUCUCCGGGUGCACGCCACACAUGGCAUCUUGUUGCCUGCACUCCAGACUCAGCCCAUCCGCCUUCCUCGACUACUGCUGAGCACUUUUACAAGACCCCAUGGACUUCGGCUCCUGUCGAACGCAUUGUUGAGGUCUCAGAGAGCUCUGAGACAACGUCCGACGGCCUUCCUACCGCAAGACCUAACUUGGCUCAGCUCGAUUCCGGUUUGACAAUCCGUCCGGAACUCAAGCAUGAGGAUUCCGACGAGACAAUCACCGGUCUGAACAUUUUCUCUCCCAUGGAUGAGGAAAUUGUCGCCGACGAGAUUCUUACCGAUUAUGCUGCUGGCUACGCCGAGAAGCUGAACGAUGUCUCCGUCGCCAACUUGGACAGAACUGGCAUGUGGCUGACUGCUCAAUCCUCGUAUCUUUCCGAGCUCAUCAAUCCUACUGAGGAACACGGUGAUGAAGCUACUCUGCUCAAGCGUGCUGCAAGCACAAAGAGCCAGAGCCAAGUUGAAGAAUCCCCGCCACGCAAGACUGUUCGCUUCUCCGAGAUCGUGUCUACUUCUACGGACAUCGCCUGCCCACUUCCCAAACUUACUCGUCAAGAGUCGGCCUACUACCGUGCAUUUCAGCACUUUGUCGCUCGAUCCAGAUACCGAGACACCUUCAUCCAUCGGUUUCCUCGCUUCGAAGCUCUUCAAGCCCAACGCAUUUCGUUCCCUGCUGCUCACAGAGCUCAGCUUCUUGGCAAGUACCAACUCAGUGUCGUUCCAAUGAGUGCCAAGCGCCGCCUCUCAGCAAAUGUUGCUCGUGGUGAUGAGAUUGCCCCGGAGGAUCCAGAGAAGCUCAAGCGCGAUAGAGAAUACGAAGCUUCUACCCAAAUGGCUGCUGCAAACUGGAACGUCAUGGCUGUCAAGCUUCUCAACGGUGGUCGCUUGAUCGCUGCCCCGGUUGCUAAGCGACUUGCUCGCUUGUCUUCCAUGGGACCAAAGAUGGAUGGUACUCCUCGCGAUCGUGCUCGUAUUCUUGAUCUCGGAGGGCAAGCCACUUGUGACUGGGCAUGGCACUGUGCGACCGAGUACCCAAACACAAAGGUGUACACUAUUACCACCAAAGCCCUCCGCCAACUCUCCAACUCCAACAUUCGGGGCCCAAAGAACCACCGCAAUGUUGCUGUUGAGCGUCUGGUCAGGCUACCAUUCAAAGACAGCCAGUUCGAUCUCAUUUCCGCCCGAGAGAUCUACACUAUCUUGAGAGAGCAGGCACCAAACGGUCAAGACGAGUGGGAUGCGUGUUUGAAGGAAUGUAUGCGUGUGCUCAAGCCAGGCGGAUACCUCGAGUUCAGCGUCAUGGAUUCCGAUAUCAUCAACGCCGGACCCCUUGGCCUCGCUAAGAGUGUUGAGUUCGGCUUCAACCUGAAGACUCUUGGCUAUGAUCCUACGCCAACAAAGCUCUUCAUCUCUCGUCUCAACACAGCGGGUUUCGUCAAAAUCAAGAGAGCAUGGGUCUUCCUACCCAUGGGAGUGGCACCAAGGAAGCAGAAAGAUUUGUCGGUCAUUACAAGAGAUAGUAUGGGAGUUGAGGUUAACCUCGAGCUGGAGGCGAUGGUAUCGGGCAGCACGGAUAAUGCUGCUAGCAUCUGUGGUAUUGUCGGUGGCUGGGCUUGGGAGAAGUGGGUUCAAAGAUGCGCGGUUCAGACUGGUGCUGUUGAGGGCAAGGCAGAGAGUGUGGCCGAGGUUUUGGAGGAGGGGAGAGCCUGUGGCGGAGGAUGGAGGACUGUUAGUGGGUGGGCUAGGAAGCCUUUGUGA